AUGACUGUUAGUUUUUUUUUCGUUGCACAUACAAACAAAUACAUCAAAAGCUUAUAAUUUACAUGUACAAAAAAACCCACUUCGUAAUUCAAAAUAUAAAUAUAUGUUACUUUACAUUUUCAAAAUAAGUGGCAGAAAAUAAUAAAAUGUACAAAAAAAAAAAAAAAACAGAAAGAAAAAUAAGUAAGACCAGAUACGCGGGUCAAACCGGAUACCAUUGUUUUUCUAAAAUAAGAGCUUCGAUAUGUAAUCGAACUAUGGCAUGAUAUUCGAAUGGAUUCCACAACCUUAUUCUACAAGUUUCAGACACAAUCAACAUCGUAGUGUUCCGUACAGAUAGAAUAAAAAAUUUCAGUUUGAAGAGUUUUAAUGCUUUGUCAUAUAAGUGAUUUUAGUGUUUCCUCAUUCAGGAAUCCAUUCAGAUAAAUAAUAUUUGUAUUCUAUAGUCCUUAGAGUAUUUUGAUCCUUUUUUCUAUCUCAUACUAAAGUAUAAAUAUUUAAUAUUUAGUAAAUGAAUGCAAUCCUCGUAUUAUCUGUGUAUAACAUACGUGUCCUUCCGUUUUCAUAUUUCUCAUCUCGUGUUCAGAUUGUUAUUAUUUUGUACGUAUAUUCUGGGCAGUAGUACUGUUAAGCAGUAGAUAAUUGUUAAAAACUAUAGCACUGUUAAAUACUUAUUACGAGGAGGAGGUUACGAAGUGGUUGAUUUCUAAUUCUGAGAAUAAUUUGUUAAGUAGUAUGUUAUAAGCUGUAUUUUUUUUUUUAGAACAGCAACGUUAGAAACUGCUGUUCAAAGGUUCAGAAGAAGUGGAAUAUUUCCUUUUAACACCAACUUAUUUCCCGAUCGUCUAUCGGAAACAACAAACUGUCAGGAUACAGCGGCAAGUGAAAAUAUCAGAAGAGCAGCACUCAUGGAAGAUUUAUCAUUAACAUCAACAGAAACGAAAAGUUUCUUAUCGACAUCAAAAGACGCAGAAAUUGUACCAUCUAUAUCGAAGGAUAUAGAACUCGUUCCAUCCUCGUCACAGAAUAUUGAUUAUAAAUCAACAUUUACAUUUAACUAA